GCGCGCGGCUAGGGGGAGGGGCCGCGCGACUAGAGCGCGAGGCGGUUGCUGUCGGCAGUUGCUGCCGGGAUGGUGGCGGUGUCGCGUUACCGCCCGCAGCUGCCUGGCCGGCGGCGAGAGUCGACCAAGCAAGGCGUCGGACCCCCUCCUCGGGCAGGGACUCGGAAGAGUCCGGGUCAGAAGCAAGAGGAGCACCCGAGGAAGCGAAGAGGAGGAGCGGGGUAUGCUGAAGAAGACGACGGUUUGAUCGGACAGGAGGACGGGAGCGGCCGCAGAUGGAUAGUUGAAGACAAAAAAGAAAUGGAACCAAAGGUGCGAGCAAUAUGGAAAAGCAUAACAUCAAAUACAAAGGGAUCAUUUUUGCCAAAACAAAAUUGUUUGAAAAAUUUUACCAUUCCUAAAAGAGCCCCCGAUAAAGAUUUUCUAAUGAAGUGUUCCACUAAUCAGAGGGACUACAAUGAGAUUAGACAACGACUGAGUCAAAGUUGCCUUGACACAGAAUGUGAUUUGGAGUCUUUGUGGCAUUUUGAUAAAAUAGAAAUGGUUCACAAUAAAGAUCUGGAAGAGGAAUUUAUUACAAAGAGGACUAAGAUGCGUGAAGAAGUAAAGCAGGAUAAAGAAGUAUCUAGUUUUUUAGUUGUGUCUAAAGAUGAAGUCUCAAAGAUUUGUCAGCAUGGUCUGCAUAUUAACCACUCUACCAAGAAAGAAUUAAACAUCGUGAAGGAACUGGGAAACCCUCAACUUGGAGUGUAUUUGUUCAGAUAUGUUGAUGUUGCUUUGAAUUAUGCAUCCAAACACUCUGUCCAAAUAGAAAACAUUAUUAUUUUCAGGGUCCUCUUAGGAAGAGUGAAAAAAAUUCAACCUCCAAAGGGCAAAAAGAAAGUUGCUUUGGAUCCAUCUCCAAACUUUGAUUGCCAUAUAUCCAGAAUUCAUCCGUCACUUAAAGAUUCAGUGGAGGAUCAAGCCAUUGGUUCUUUGAUAUAUUUUUAUGAAUACAAUGAACUUUCAAAACCUGUGGAUAGACCUAGGCAAUGUCUUCCAUAUGCAGUAGUAAAAGUUAAAUGUGUUAAUCAGAAAGUAGCAGUUGAAACCCCUGUAACAUCUCGUAACAGUACGCUUAAAAGAUUGUCUAAGCAUCAAGGAAAAGGAAGAGGACUUCCUUUAGAAAACUGCUCCCAAGUUACACGAGUCACAAGGAUUGGGAAAAAUCAGCUCAUCUAUGAGCAUUUUAAAAAUGAAGGCUGUGCAGUAAAUCCAGAGAAUAAUGCAUGUGCAGAAGUUAGUUCUUUCUCUCUAAACAUACAGAAUUGGAAUGGCUCCUCAGCUGAAACCCAGUGCAGAAAAAUAAAACACAAAUUAAAUAGAAGAUGGGAUUCAGCACAGAUCGAAAUAAAUAAUCCAAAUCUUCAGUGUACACCUGGUGUGGAUGUCUCCAGAGAUGUUAGAAGUGACCAUACAGGAAACUCUAAUCAAAAUCCUUUGAAAGUACAUCCUGGAGUUUUUUCUGAUUGCAAUAGUCGCUCAAGUACUGUAAUUACUUCAAGGCUGAUUAAGGAUCCAAGGUUAACAAAAAGAGAACAAAAUUUAGAGAAGGAGAACGGAGAAGAAACCUUCCAUGGAAUUUUGCAGUAUGAGAAUGAGCUGGAAUAUAACUCAAAAAUAAAAAUACCUACAACUUUAGGCAUACCAUGUCCUUUACCUAAAGAUUUUUUUCUCCUCAACUCUAAGCAUGCAUGUAGCCAAAGGCAGUAUAUGGAAAAAACAUCAUGGCAAGAAAUUACUUUAGGCAAGCGCAUAACACCAUCUCUGUCUGUAACAUCUCAUAGCGAUGCAAAUUAUUUAGUGAAUGGUAAGGAGGGACUCGGUAAUGUAAACAAAGUUAAUGAAGAAAUUUUGGCAUCUCAGAGCACUCAUACUUUGAAAACCAACUUAAGUCAUAGUUCUUUACAGUCUAAGAACAAUGAAAACGGAGUCCUUCCAGCAGACUUUAAAAAAGACAAAGGAAUGAAACAUUCAAAGCUGCCUUUAUUAUUACUGAACCCUUCUAACACAGUGGAUAAUGAAUGGAAAUCUCAGGAAUCCCAGCCUGUUAGCAUAACAAUGCAUAACAAGAAACAAGAACUUGGUAUUGAACCUCCUUUGUGUAAUGUUAGCAUCAUAAAUAUAAGCAUCCAAAAUCCUGAAAAUGUGGCAUCUGGCAAAGAUGAGAUGGAUAAUAGAAGAAAAAGCCAAUUACAAGAGGAUAGUUACACUUCUCAACUACAGUGCUCAACUGAUAAUGAUACAAGAUGUGCUAGAAAUAAAUGUACUUCAUCAGGCAAAGAACAUAAUGGUAAUGGUGAGAUUGACAGUGUCCAGGACCAUACCUUGGAGUUCAAUAGACAAAGUUAUCUUUCUGGAAAGAUGGUGAAAGAAGUUUGGACUGAAGAGAACUGUGAAUGGUCUCCAGAUGAUCAAAUGGAUGCAGAGAAUUUUGAGCAAAAUAAGCUUCAAGCAAUAAUGCAGUCUGAAAAAUCCUGUGCUACUGAAAUCCCUAGAAAGUCUAAUAAACAAGUACGUUCACUACCUGAAGAAGCAAACAACUCCAUACAUAAAUGUGAAGAAUAUACUGUAAAGAAAGAAAAAGAUAGUUCAGUCAAAGAGAAAAUUAGUGAUAUAAAUAGCAUCAUAUAUCCAUCUCAUAGUGCCUAUAGAAUUGGUACAUUAAUGAGGGACUUUAGUGAAAAGUGUGUGUGUGUUUCUGAGCCAGAGCCAUUAGACAAAAAUAUUUUUGGAGAGCACAAAAUGUCCUCUUCACUUGGUGGACAAAGCACUAAUAAAAUGGAUAACGUCAUCGUUGCCCAUGGUUCUGACCAAGCAUGCACACACCAAUUUGAAGAGGGCUCUUACAGUAAAGAAAAAAGCAAAUGUAUCUCUGAAAUACAGAUAACUUCUGUAACAGAAAAUGCUGACAAAGCAACAGGAAAAGAACAAGAACAUUCUUUCAAUAAUGACUUGAGAAAAAAUGUAGAUGGUAUAAAAGAUUGGAUGGACAUUUCUGAGAAUGCUGAUAAUUUGAAUUCAAAUAGUUCAGUUUCUGAUUUCAAGAUGAAUUUUCAAAGAAAAGAUUCAUUAACUGAAACAGAGUUGAUGAAAAUAGAAAGUGGUAAAGAGAAGCUGAAAGCCCUACAUGAUCAAGCAUCGACUAAUAAAUGUAUAGGCCUGAUAGUGCAUCAGAAAACAAAUCAUACUGCCUUUAUGUCAGAUAAUUCUGUUCCUGUGCCUUUGGGGAAUGUGAAACGAAUAGAAAUUAAAAAGCCUCAACCUGAAAACACAGGUUCUUCAAAUUUUAGACUGUUGAGCAAUAAUUUAUAUUUUAAAGAUGGUGUUCCAGAAACAUCUGAACAGGAUUUAGAGGUUAUAUGUGAAGACAUUAAUAUCCAAGACCUAGAAAGUACUAGUGAGAUUGAAAUUACAUCAGAAUUGUGUAAACAAUGGUUCUCAUUACCACAGAAAGUACAUGAACAUAUGUCCAGUGAAGAGGCAAAAUUCUGGUAUUUAAAGGAGCGUAUGGAUUGGGAGAGUCUGUUUGGAAAAUCUAAUCUGAAUACACAGGUUUCAGGAAGUUUCUCUGUGAAGGAGAAUGAAAAUGAGAGCUUAAAAUCAGGUGUGAAAGAAUUAGAAACUGAAUUGAAUACAUCUGUAUGUCCUGACUUACAAAUUACAAUCGCCAACAUACUUCAGCCAAAAUUGAAUCGCAUUCAUAACUCUUUCAGAAUGAAAACCAAAAUGGGGAAAUGUACUGCUAAAUAUUCAGGGCAGAAAAAGAGUAUUAUAUGGUCACAAGAGGAAAAAAUGGGGAAAUGCACACAAAAUCAGAAACAUUUCAAAUUUUAUCACAAAAAGAAAGAGCUUAAUAGACACUGUUCAUCUAAAAUGGUUUCAUCAUUGUCCAAGGGACGAUUUAAAACAUUUGCACAGUCUGAAAAGCAUAUUAAGAAUGUUUUGAAUUCUCUUAACACUGAAGCAUUGUUAUGUAAAAACAAACAUCUGUCUCAAAAAAUAGAUGGAGUAAUGUUUCACUUAAGAAAAGCUCAGAGGAGUGUUCAGAAAUCUUUAAAAAUGCUUGCAAAGGCUGGAAAGAAAAGACGUGUCUCAUUACCAAAAUCAUAUAUACUGGAAAGUUGUGACUCCAUAGAUUACAAUCUAGUGUCAGCCAAAGAAAAUUCUUUUUCUGAGAAGGAAAGGUCUAACGUUAGGGAAAGUAAAAUUGCUACAGAAGAAAAGGAAGCAAAUGAAAAGUUAAAAUGCAAAUCAGAAAGGUUCUUUAAAAGUAAAGAAUAUGUGAAGCAUACUCCAACCCUCUCACUGAUUGAUACUAAAAGCCACUAUGGUUCUUUUCCUUUGGAUUCCUCUGUAACAUUUGGUAGCAUCUCAGAUAUAGCAUAUACCAAUGAUAAUGUGAGAAAUACAAGAAUAACAGAACUUGAGACAGUCUCUGAAAAAACCCUUACUUUGGAUACCACAGAACUCAAAGACUUGAAGCCAACCAGCCAUGAACACAUUAUGAGUAAUGAGCAGAAGAUCUAUAUAACUGUCCCAUCUGAAAAUACCCAAGAAAAUGUAACUAUCAUCACAAAACAAGAUUCUGAAACUAGUAAAUGUGCGAGCAAAAAUAUAGCAAAACGUUUGAAUUCAGUUAGUGAAGGAAUGGAAUUAGUUGUCUGUCAAGCAGACAAAAGAGAAGAUGAAGGCCCUUAUAAGUCUGAUGUAGAAAUGAGUAUAGUUGAACUUGCAAAACCUGUUCAAACAGCACUAGAAUCUUCUGCAGAGAAAAACAUUUCUAAACCAGAUGAUAUUUCCAAGUUAUUUUCCACUUUCAAGAGGAUGGGAAAUGUUUUUUCUAAUGAAAAAGAAGCCCUAGAAAUAUCCCCAGCACUGCAAGAAAAUAUAAAUAUGAGUGUUAGUGUUGGAAGGUGUGAUGCUUCAUCAGAUGCAUUUUUACCUCCAGCAGAAGGUAAAUAUGAUGCCAGUGUAAGUGUUCAGUUAAUUCCACAAGUUUAUGGUCCUGAAUCAUUGUCUUUGGAAACAAAGUCAAAGAAUUCAUCAAAGAUAAAUUUAGAGGAAAACUGCUGUGACAACCUACCAGAUUAUUUCAGUGAACAAAAGCAAAAGGCAGAUUUUAAUGGUGAAAACACAAUGUUAAGAACAGAACAGUGUUGCUCCAACAAAUUUAGUCAAAUAGCAGAACGGGAAUGGUACACUUCUGAGAGCAGGAAAUCUAAAUCAUUGACCAAAUCUGUGAAAGAACCAGAAAGUUAUUCUGAGAGAUUUUCAUCCAGUGAUUAUCUACUGUCUCCACUUUCUGUAGAUAAUAACUUGCUUCCAUUAUCAAACAAUUAUAUAUCUCAAGAAGCUAAAAAGAAAAAAGAGAAAACGGAGAUAUUGGAAAGCAAGGAAGAUUUUUCAAAUAAAAAGCCAUAUGUGAUAAGAGACAUUCCUGUGAAACUGUUCGAAAAGUUGGCUUCAGAGCAGAAAGACACAAAUCACCUUGCAUCUAUUAAGGAAUCUCCCUGCAGACAGAUUUCCUCAAGCAGCCGUAAUAAAGGAGCUAGGUUUCAGUCACCAUUAAGAACUGUUAAUGAACAGAGCAUUGGAGAUAUUGCUGCAACUGACACUUUAUCUCAUGCUUCAUAUGAUGUUUUGCCAAAUGUUAUCACCCCUAGGAGUAGACUAAAUGAAAGAUGUAUUUCAGUUGGACAUCCUACCAGCUGCAAAGAUCUCUGUACUGAUAUCAGAUUUACAAAUGUGGGAAUUGAACUAAAAUCUCUUGAAUUUAUAGUUAAAAUAUCAGCGAUUUUGAAAAAGGCUGAUCAAAGCUCAACUUUGAAUAUAUUAAAUGAACAGGCUAUAGUAUGCAAAAAGAUUCUUUUUUCAUUUAUCAGAGCUUUUGAGAAAAAGCAGGAUUGCUCUUUUGAGCAUGUCUUAGUGUCUAAGGAGAUACUUGCAAAUGCUGAAAAAUAUAUAUGGACUAGUCGUAAAGUAAAACUCUGUGCUAUAGAAUCACUAAUAGAACUACAAAUUAUAAUGGAAACACUUGAGUUCAUUGAAAAUAAGAAGAGACUUGUAGAAGGUGAGCCAACUUUCCGAAGCUUGCUUUGGUAUGAUGAUUCACUGUGUAGCGAGUUGUUUGGUGGGCCGUCAGGGCAUCAACAGCAAUCAAAUGUAUAUCCUACUUUUCAUGGAAGAUUAAAUUACAGUCCUCUCAGUGAGUUAAAAAAUAAUCAUGAAAAACUAAUAGAGAUCUUGAAGAACACAAGAUGGGAAAAUCAUUCUUACUAUACAUUCUUGAAAUUGAGACGAGAAAUUAAAGAAUGUGAAGCAGCAAUGAAAAGUAAUUCAUGUUUCUCUGAUUUUUUUCUUUCUGUACCAUAUGUUUGUGGAGCUAACUUUGGAGAUACUCAAGAAGACUUAGAAAAUGCAAGAAAAAGGACAAUAGAUUUAAUAAUUAUGUCUAAUAGUCUUCCAGACAGGAGUACUGAAAAAAUAGAUCAUCUUUGGAUUAUAAUGGACAUUAUUACUACAAAGAUUAAAUUUAUAAAGACCUGUGAAGAAGUGAAUAUAAAAGCAUCACUGUUUGGUCUUGAGCACAUAUUUUUUGAUGCUGCUAAAAUUCUUACUAGGAGAGAACAAGAUAAGUUUAUAAAUGAAGACUUGAAUGGUGGAAAAGGACAAAAUCCCAGAAUAAAUGAAACUGCUCUUUCUAAGCUUUAUGGGACUUAUGAACAUAUAAUGGAGAAGUUUAGAAAUGAACACUUCAACAGCACUCCUGAAGAACAUGUCACAAGGAAAUCUCCAGAUGAAUAUUUUAAUUGUGAAAAGAUAGAUAAGCAACGAGAAGCCAAUUAUUAUAUUCAGAAUUCUCUUGUGUUCCAUCUAGAUGUUGGAUAUAUUAGUAAAAUACUGGAUGAAGCGCAAUCUGCUAAUCUUAACAAGUUGCAGCAACUCAUGUGCAAAUGUACAGAACAUCUUGAAAUCAUGAAAAAGUAUUUUCAGAUUUUACAGGAAGAAAAUGUCAGUAAUAUUUUGAUCACAAAAGAAAAUGUGCUGGAUUUCAUGAAAAGUGGUGGCAUAAAUGUUGUCAUAUUGAAACCAGAAGCUGUAGAGGUUUACAUUGAAAUGGCAAUGAUGUAUGAAGCAGUUUAUUUUCUUAAAAACUCAAUAGCAAGAAAAGUAGAUAAACCAAGAUUUCGAAGUUUGUUGUGGUUUGAUGUAUCAUUACUAUCUGAGCUUUUUCAAUGUCAAAAAAAAAUGGCGCCUUUUUCUUACCGGGAAGGCAGUCUUUGGAAAACAAUACGAUCUUCUGUCUCUGAACUUGAGGAAGAAUUGAGUGUGAUUGGUGACUUUGCCGAAAAUGUAAAUUACUCAUAUGCAUGCCGUCUUCUUACAAGAGAGGUUUCAGAGCUUUCGGAAACUAGAAACCUACUACGAACAUCUAAGUCUUCCAUCUCCAUGUGUGUUGAUUUGGUACCAUAUACCAUAGCUCUAAACUAUGGGAGUACUGUGUCUGAACUAGAAUGGAAUUACAGCCAGUUAUCUUUGCUUCUUAAAAAACUGAUGUUGGCUGACAGGAAGGAUUUAGGAAAAAUGGCUCACACCAUGAAAAUAAUGAAAACCAUUGAGCACAUGAAGUUUAUCUGUACUAAACAGGGAAAGUCUCCUCUUCCUCUGGUUAUAUAUCAGAUGCUGAAAAACUGGAGAAAAUCUGGUCUGUUGAAAAGAGAGGCAAUGAAAACUUAUAUGGAUACCGAUGAACAACAGAGUACCAAACAUAUGUAUGUCAGUGGCUUCCCAGUUUCAAACAGUACUACAGAAGUUGAUUCCCAGACACAACGCAAAAGGCCAGCCAGUGUAAUUUCAGAAGACUGUCCCUAUUUGUAUGAAGAGGAGAAUUAUUCCCAUAGAAAGAAGAAAAAGGUUAUUGCUUCUUUGAAGACAACCAAAAAUAUACACGAAAAAGAGACCAGCAGAUUUUUGAGAAACAAUGCAAAAUAUAAUUGCUCAAAUGGAAAAGACCUGCAGUUCAACAGUUCAACAGACAAUGCCUGGUGUAAAAAAGCUGAGGAUUUGGGAGAAAAGUCACCAAUCUCAUUUUCACAUUUAGACGAUCUGAACACUGUUUAUCCCUUGGAAUGCAUUCCGUCUUCACCAAAUGCUUCAGAGCCAAAGUUUAUUAAUUCAAACACAUCAGCUAUUCAGCAGAGUGCAAAACAACAUGACCAGGAGUAUUUUGCAUCCUGUGAUGAAAGAGGCAAAGAUGCUUCUGCAUCAUCAACAAAAACUCAAUUACCACAGAGAUUUCCUGAGGAUUUUUCCAGCUCAGCAGCAAAAUUACAUGACAGUAGUUCUGUGCUGACCACACUCAUUGAGCACCAUGACUUUAAACCAGAUGUCCCAAGAAAUUAUUCAAGAUUAAUGUCUCAGUGUAGCACAGCCAUCAGUUUAUGUUCAGGAUGUGAUAGAACUGAGCUAAAUAAACUGGAGUCCUUGCAUUCAGAACCAUCUUCCAGUGAAAAUAUCAGAAAUCCUGAUCAUUUUUCUGCUUUCAGUCAAAAUGGACAUGUCAAAGAAACUCCUCAGAUGCCAGGUCCUUUUAGUCAUGGGAUGGUCUGUCCUUACUACUCUUGGUACUUCUGUCAAGCUGGUAGCAGUUCUCAUUCAAUAACUCAAACAUACCAGGGUAUAAAUUCCUAUGAAACUCAUCACCUGGUCCCUGGGAUGUCUACAAGCACAGUGUAUAAUACCCAGUCUAAUGUGUUUUAUUCACAGACUGUUAGUCAUUUUGGUGGUGGGGAAUCACAGGUGUUUAGCUUUUCUCAGACCUACCCAAUACAUGGUUAUUGCAGUCCUGCAAUGCCCUUUUUGUACAGCUAUCAGCAGCAGCCAUCAUGGUACACAGAAAGUCAGCCUUGGGCACAAUUUCCAUAUCUUUCCAAUGUAGGCAUGUGAAGCUGUGUGGCUGUACAUUAAAUGCUAAAUUAAUAGUUUCCACUUAAAAAAAAACAAAAAGUGAGGCAUCUCCAGCUAUUGGUAUGUCUCAAACUGGAUAAAAUAGAAUCCACCAAGAGCCAGUUACGAUUCUGUGGAAUGAUUCCGGAUUGGGUUCAGGUGUUUCAGAUUCUUCUCUGGGAGCAACCCAUGGACACAACCAUGUGGAGCAAUUAAUGUUGAGCAGUGUAUACACAGUGAUGAGUGCAUCUCCCAGUAGUAAUUCAUAUGUGCACAGAAGUGCAUUUUUCAGCUACUGAGCUUACAUAGAUUGCUACUAGGAUGGCACCUGUAACCAUAGGCAACCUGUGUUAUUCUUUAUUACCUUCUCUGCUUAGAGGAAUUUCAGUAGUCUGAAACAGCCCUCAGAGGUUGAAAACGAGCCCAGUUAUUGCCAUUUUUGUUUAUACUCCUUUUAGAUUUCACUUGUUUGUUUUAAAAAUGGAUAGCAGAAGUACAGGUUACAAGGCAAACACUGGUUUUGACCAUGCGCCCACACACGCAUUGGUGAGAACUGGGAGCAGGAGAAUUUAUCCCAGAGUGCCACACAGCACGAGUGCUCUAAUGAGAGCAGCCUCCAUGCUCGGUGUGGUUGCUUCUUCCUCAUAGGCUCACUGCUGGAAAUGGUGGCAGGCUGGACAGAAGCCUUUCAACCCAGUAAAGAUCGUGCACAUGAUUGCCUGCUAAGCUGAAACGAACCUGUGCUUUGUUUAAUCCCAGCUAAGCACUGGGUUAAAAAGUAGGGCUAGCACGUUCUGGAGCAGCUGGGAGCCCUCCACUCCCAGGUGUCUCACAUUGUGUGAAUAGCUUCUGUGCCUCACAAUGCUAAUGUAACAGGUAGAAACAAAGGGUUCUUGAUCUUAAACCUUCUACUGUCUGCCAGUUUUCAACUACAAAUGUCCCUAGGUUGUUCUUAACACUCUUUUUCUCCAAUUGGGUUCUGAAACCAGGAAUAAUCCUGAAUAAAGGGAAAAUGCUGAAACAUUUCAAGUAACCUCUAUAGCUGAUAUCUACUUUGUGUUAAACUGCCUUUGUGUGUUGUAAAUAAGAGUUUGGAAUAAAAAAUUUGUCAGUAGCA